UUUUGCGGCUUACUUUGGGUUGGGUCCAGAUCCCGCGCAAAACGAUCGCUCGACAAGUCUGGGGCAGAGAGAGUGGAGCAAAGCGUUUUGGAAUCAAUGAAAGAGAGUUGCUGACGUUGAGCAGAUUGGUUCGAGAACAGAAAAGAUGUUUCCUUCGCAUUUGUCUGUUAAUGAUCUGGGAGUGUUUGCGGUGGUGAUGGUGUUUGGGCUGAUAGUCGUGCUUCUGUUCAUGUUUGACUUCAGGGGUGUAUCAAAAGGACCGUCAAUCCCAGGAGAAGAACCAUCAGAUCCAGAGAUGGGAAAUCUUGGUGACAUGGGAAAAGCAGGAAGUCUCCAUGAGUAUUUGAUGUUACUUCAUGAGAAGUAUGGGACCAUAGCAGGUUUCUGGUGGGGCAAGAAAUACGUUGUCAGUUUGGCAUCACCAGAAUAUUGGAAAGAAGUACAACCUCUGUUUGAUAGACCUCCGGAUUUGUUCAAACUGUUUGAGCCUCUUAUCGGAAAGAAGAGCAUUCAGUAUGCCAAUGGUCCAGAGGGAAGAAAGAGACGUCAGCUGAUGGAUAGAAGCUUUAGUCACGAGGCUGUGAAAGACUACUAUGAACACUUUGUCAAGGUGAAUGCAUUGGAAUGCACGAUAAGUGCUGGUUAUGAAGUACUCUGCGGGGGGCUGAUGGGAAAUCUUGGUGACAUGGGAAAAGCAGGAAGUCUCCAUGAGUAUUUGAUGUUACUUCAUGAGAAGUAUGGGACCAUAGCAGGUUUCUGGUGGGGCAAGAAAUACGUUGUCAGUUUGGCAUCACCAGAAUAUUGGAAAGAAGUACAACCUCUGUUUGAUAGACCUCCGGAUUUGUUCAAACUGUUUGAGCCUCUUAUCGGAAAGAAGAGCAUUCAGUAUGCCAAUGGUCCAGAGGGAAGAAAGAGACGUCAGCUGAUGGAUAGAAGCUUUAGUCACGAGGCUGUGAAAGACUACUAUGAACACUUUGUCAAGGCUUGGGAGGAGAUGGAAGCUCGACUGACUGGUCCCCCUCCUGAAGCAGAUAGUGAAAGAGAAAAAAAUUUCCAAAAAGUUUCAGUGAUGACAUGGUGUUUGUACUACCUGACAAAACAUCCUGAGGUUCAGGAGAAAGUUUUUGACGAACUGGACAAAGUUUUGGGAGAUGAAGACAUCAAACCACAAGUAGUCUCGGAACUCACGUACACUCGUCAAGUGAUAAAUGAGACAUUACGUGCCUCAGUGGUGGCUCCAUGGGGUGCACGAGUUUACGAGUAUGACCUUCAGGUCGAUGAAUUUGUUAUUCCUAAAGAGACUCCAAUUCUUUUGCCAUUUGGAGUUGUUCUUCAGGACCCUAACUUGUGGCCAGAACCCAAGAGGUUUGAUCCUGAUCGUUUCAGCCCUGAGAACAUGAAACAGCUUCCAAGCCUUGCUUACCAGCCAUUUGGCUUUGCCGGGAAGCGAAAGUGUCCUGCAUGGCGAUUCUCAAUUGCUGAGGGACUGGUGUUCCUGUCCAUUCUCAUGAAACGAUUCAAGUUUCAUCUCGUAGAAGGACAGGAAGUGAAACCUGUCCAUCGGCUGGUGACGUCACCAGCAGAGGAGAUCUGGGUCACAGUGACUGAGAGAUAAAUGAUCAGAGACGGACUUUGCAAGUGCCACUCGUUGAAAUUGAAAUGUCAUUGUCGUCUUUACGCGCAGUCCACACUACGCUAGAGAAAUUUGAAAACGGAGGUUUCGAUCUGGUAACGCAUCAAAUGUUUUCCGUCCACACUACGCCGGAGAAAUUAAUAAAGGGAACAAUUUCCGGUCAUUUUGGAUUUGUGUUUGAUUAAAACUCAGGCAGAGAAAUCAUAUGAUUAGCGUGAUGCCAUCGUUUUGGAAAAGCUCCGUUUUUAAAAUGUUUUCCCGCCACAAUAAAGCGAAAAUCCAACGUUAUCAAUACCCUCCGAUUUGAAGAUUUUCGAAAAGCUCCAUUUUCGUAACGGGUUAGUGUGGAAGCUAAGUUGUAACAGUAGAAAUAAAGCUGCCUUCAACGUUUUCCGGCGUGGUGUGGAUGCUGCCUAAUAAUUAUCCAAAAUAAGUUUUAGUUAGUGGUAAAGUUUAGAGUGCGUGUCACAUCAUAUCUUGUCUAUCUUCAGCUGGAUGUGAAAAAACCUUUUCUAAACACCACUGUGUAAUGAAAAGUUCCAAACAACCAUUAAAGUCGACUUUGGCGACUCAAAAUAACAAGACUAUAAAAACCAAACUAUGUAAUCUUAAACUAAUAUAUUGUCGUAAUGACUCAAUUUGUCAAUGUCGCCGUAGUAUUUCCAAAAAAAAUUGAUUUAAUGUUGAAAGAUGUAUGUGAUUUACAUGACGCGAGCAACCGGCGCUCAAAAAAAAAAUAUAGUUUUUCCGUCCAAAAAAGCAACAUUAUUUUAAAGUAAAACAAUCCAAGCCUAUAAUUUUUAUACUGGCUAGCAGGAAUCUUGAUGAGAUAAAGUUUAAUUUGCUUUAGAAAUCUGAUUUUAGUGCCAAUUUAGAAGGUAUUACUUAGCUGCUUGCGACACGAAUUUUUUGGGGUAAUUCUACUAAUUGUAGGUUUGACUUACACAAAACUAUUUAUGAUAAAAACUUGUCGUAGGCUUGUCGCGUGCGGUAAAGUUGCGUGGUCUAAAUCAACCCGAAAUUAAAUUACAGUGCUCAAUACAGCCUCUUAGUGGGUUUGGAAUUAUCUGAAAUCUCGUGUCUAAUACUCAGUAUCAUGCUAGUUAUCGAAUUGGUUUACAACCGCAACCUUUAGAAUCUGAUGACUUCAACAAUACUGUGUAGCAGAACUGUAAUGUUGCUUUUUUUACAAACCUGUAAUCUGGAACAAUUUAAACUUAAUUUAGUGUUACAGUAGGUAGGAUAGAAUUUUAAAUAAAUGAAUGCAUCGAUUAUCCAGUUAAAAA